AGUUUGUUUGUUGAAGCUGAUCUGGGAUCAGGUUCAGGAUGGAGCUGAAGGAUUUCUGUCUGACAGACGACUGUCACUUCAUCAGUUCACAGCGCCUCUUGGAUUCCUCUUCCUCCUCCUCUUCCUCCUCCUGUCCUGCUGAUGAAGCUCGGUCUCCGGCCUCAUUCCUCCAUUCCUCCCCCCUCAGUCCCUCCUUCCCCCUGGACACCACACCUGCUCUCAGCCCCUCACACCGAGCCUUCCUCCUCCCCAGCCCGGCCUCCUCCUCCUCCUCCUCCUCCUCCUACAGCCCCCUCUGUGGAGCAGCGGAGCCCGACUCCCCAACAGGAUCCAGUUCCAGUGGAGGAAGCGUCGGAGGCAGCGCUGUGGUGUCGGGGACUUCGGUGUGUUUUUCAGUGUCGCAGACCGAUUCAUUUUCAGCACAGGUGGACUCCAUCCUGAGGGGAGACUACCUGUCAUCGAUGGGUGCUGUGGGGCCCAAGAGGCUCUGUCUGGUGUGCGGUGACUUUGCCUCUGGGUAUCACUAUGGCGUGGCGUCCUGCGAGGCCUGCAAAGCUUUCUUCAAGAGGACCAUACAAGGCAACAUCGAGUACAGCUGUCCCGUGAUGAACGAGUGUGAGAUCACCAAGCGGAGGAGGAAAGCCUGUCAGGCCUGCCGCUUCCAGAAAUGUCUCCAGGCUGGGAUGAUGAGGGAGGGAGUUCGUAUGGACCGAGUGAGAGGAGGACGGCAGAAGUACAAGAGGCGGGUGGAGUCUGGACUGAGUUUAUACAGCAGAGCGCCGUACAGUCAUCCUGUCAGCAGCAGAAACAAGGUGAUUUCCCAUUUACUGCUGACAGAGCCCGCCCCACCAGCUGCCAAUCUGGACGAUUCCACCAAUGACAGCAGCCUGCGGACCCUGCUGACCCUCUGUGACCUCCUGAACCGGGAGCUGCUGGUUCUGAUUGGCUGGGCCAAACAGAUCCCAGGUUUCUCUGGGCUUUCACUGGUCGACCAGAUGUCACUGCUGCAGAGUGGUUGGAUGGAGGCGCUGCUUGUGGGCGUGGCCUGGCGAUCACAGGGUGCAGCAGGGGAGGAGCUUGUGUUCGCUGGUAACCUGCGGCUGGAUGAGGCUCAGUGUCGAGCCGCGGGAUUGGCUGACCUGUACGAGGCACUGCGUCACCUGACAGCAAAAUACCAGGCGAUGAACCUGAGCCCAGAGGAGGUGGUGACCCUGAAGGCCAUGGCACUCGCUAACUCGGAUGCCGACCCGGUCGACUGUCCAGACUUGGUGCAGAGGUUCCAGGACGGGCUCCACGAGGCCCUGCAGGAGUACGAGUCGUCCCGCAGAGAGCAGCACCGGACAGGUCGUCUGCUGAUGAGCCUCCCACUGCUGCGGCAGACGGCCGACCGAGCCGUGCAGGCCUUCCUGCGGCUACACCGCCACCGCUGUGUCCCCCUCCACAAACUGCUACUGGAGAUGCUUGAUGCCAAGGCCUGAACAUGUGUAAUCACUCUGAGGACCACCUUCAUCAUCAUCAUCAUCAUCAUCAUCAUCAUGAGGACACAGACUCUUAUUGAACUGUUGAGCUGAACACUGAGACUAUGAGACUGUCCAUGUGGAAGACAUGAAUAUAACAUUUGUCUGACAACUUUAGUUACUUUUCAGGUGACAGUUUUUCAUCCUCUUCCUGUCCAAUGAAAACCAUGUACCUCCAGAUGUGUUGGUCCUGAAUGUUUCUGAUAAACUGAAGGAUGAAAUGUCCCCCAGUGUGUUGAGAAAAUUCUCUUCCUUCUUAAGCUAAAAUAAACUCUUUAAAAACCCUCUUGGAUCAGCUGGAAAAGUCGUCGUCACAAAGCUGACAACAGACCGUUUUUCUGACUCUUUAGAGAUGUCUGGUUCUCACAGGACACCCAUGCUACAAACAUAUGAUGAUCUUACAGAAUAUGAUGCAUUGCUGUCAAUUAAACUACCCAACGGUAUAUAAAGGAGUGAAAAUGAGCACAACCUGAAACAUCUACAGCAGGAAAAUGACACAUAUACAUUAAUGCAGCAGUGAUAUUAGUCCAAAACCAUCAUGUAGAACAGGAAAACACUGACAGCAUGAAACUAAAUACUCUGAAUCAUAGAUGCAUAUAAACUGUGCGCUAUAUAAAGAUGUUUAUAUACAGUCUACGCUCUAAAUACACAACCUGUAAUUGUAGUGGAGUAUUUUGACAGUGUGGUAUUAGUGCUUUUACUUCAGUUAAGGAUCUGAAUGCUUCCUCCACCACUGCCUGGCUUUAGAGGAUGGAAGCUGCCAAAACCCAAAAUAAAUAAAUAAAUGACUAACUAAAUUAAUAUGCCAUUAAAUGUAACAAAUAUAAUAUUAAAAAUAAACACAGACAUUAAUUGAUAAAA